GCGGGGCAUGCUUAUUAUUGUUUCCUUGACGGGAUGAGCGGGUACUUUCAAAUACACGUUGAUCCCGUUGAUCAGGAAAAGACCACUUUUACUUGCCCAUUUGGGACAUUUGCAUUUCGUAGGAUGUCUUUUGGUCUAUGCAAUGCCCCUGCCACAUUUAUGCGUUGUAUGAUUGCUAUUUUUGAGAAGUUUAUUGGUGAUUUUAUGGAGGUUUUUAUGGAUGACUUCUCUAUCUUUGGAGAGUCAUUUGAUGAAUGCCUCCAUAACCUGGAGAAAGUGUUGAUUAGGUGUGAGGAGACCCACUUGGCCUUAAGUUGGGAAAAGUGUCACUUCAUGGUCAAGGAGGGUAUUGUGCUAGGUCAUAAGGUGUCAUCUAAGGAGAUUGAGGUUGACAAGGCGAAAAUUGAGGCUAUUUAGAAACUCCCGCCUCCAAAGAAUGUGAAGGCUGUCCGUAGCUUUCUCGGCCACGCUGGCUUCUACCGUCGUUUUAUUCGGGAUUUCUCAAAAACAGCCAAACCUCUCACCCGUUUGCUUGAGAAAGAUGCUGAUUUUUUGUUUGAUGAUGAAUGUUUGCUUGCUUUUAAUUGUCUGAAACUUAAGUUGAUGGAAGCUCCAGUUUUAGUUGCUCCAGAUUGGGAAAUCCCCUUUGAGCUGAUGUGUGAUGCUAGCGAUCAGGUGGUCGGGGCCAUUCUUGGCCAACGGAAGGAUAAUCACUUCCGCCCCAUCUAUUACGCUAGCAAAACCUUAGCGGGACCCCAAUUGAAUUAUACCACUACAGAGAAGGAGCUUCUGGCUAUUGUGUAUGCUUUGGAGAAGUUUAGGUCGUAUAUUAUUUUGUCUGAAGUAAUUAUCUACACCGAUCAUUCGGCGUUGAGAUAUUUAUUUCAGAAGCACGACUCUAAACCUAGACUUCUCCGUUGGAUUUUGUUGUUGCAGGAAUUUCACAUAGAGAUUAGGGACCGGAAGGGUUCCGCCAAUCAGGCAGCUGAUCAUUUAUCACGAUUAGAUGCUGAAUUGGUAAACUCUUUCGGUAAUGAUGUUAUUGAAGAACUUUUUCCUGAUGAACAUCUUUUGCAGGUUGAGAUUGCUUCCGAGGUACCUUGGUAUGCAGACAUAGCCAACUAUUUAGUAGGCAAUGUUGAGCCUACCGGGCUAUCUCGGCACAUGUUAAAAAAGUUUUUGUCUGAUGCUAAUUAUUAUUUUUGGGAUGACCCUUAUUUGUUCAGGAUUUGCGCUGACCAGGUAGUAAGAAGAUGUAUUCCUGAGAGUGAAAUAAUGAGUGAGAUUUUGUACCAUUGUCAUGCUGGCCCCGCUGGGGGGCAUUUUUCUGGUAAUAGGACAGCAAGAAGAGUGCUAGAGUGUGGGUAUUAUUGGCCCACGUUGUUCAAGGAUGCGAAUUCUUAUGUUGCCUCAUGUGAUAGGUGUCAACGGGUAGGAAAUAUUUCUAAACGAGAUGAGAUGCCCCAGACAUAUCUAUUGCCUUGUGAAGUUUUUGAUGUCUGGGGGAUUGAUUUUGUAGGCCCGUUUCCUAGCUCAAGAGGCAAUAAAUUUAUUUUAGUCGCUAUUGAUUAUGUGUCAAAGUGGGUAGAGGCUAUUGCGAGCCCUACCAAUGAUGCUAGAGUUGUUGUGCGGUUUGUAAAAAAAUUGUUUUCCAGGUUUGGUGUCCCAAAAGUUUUGAUUAGUGACCGAGGAACCCAUUUUCGUAAUGAUCCGCUAGCUCGUGUUUUGUCUAAAUAUGGGGUUCAACAUCGGCAAGGAGUAGCCUACCACCCCCAAACUCAGGGGCAGGUAGAGAAUGCGAAUCGGGAUCUUAAGGCUAUCCUGGAAAAAGCUGUAGCGCAAACUCGUAAGGAUUGGUCAGAAAAAUUAGAUGAUGCGCUAUGGGCUUUUAGGACAGCUUAUAAGACUCCGAUUGGUACUACUCCUUUCCGAUUAGUUUAUGGGAAAUCUUGUCAUUUACCAGUGGAAGUAGAACAUAGGGCACUUUGGGCUUUAAAUACUGUUUGUCUUGAUUCAUCUAGUGCAGGUAAAGAGCGGUUCUUUCAGCUGAAUGAGUUGGAUGAGUGGAGGGCUCAAGCCUUUCAUAAUUCAUAUUUGUAUAAAGAGAGAGUGAAGCAGGCUCAUGACAAGCACAUUAAGGCGGACCGCCAGUUUGCGGAGGGAGAGAAGGUGUUGUUGUAUAAUUCCAGGUUGAGACUUUUUCCCGGAAAGCUGAAGUCCUGAUGGACAGGACCAUACACUGUACGUCGAGUGUACCCUUACGGAAGUGUGGAGAUUGAGCAUAAUGAUGGCCGGGUUGUCAAGGUUAAUGGCAGCCAACUGAAACAAUAUUUUGGGGGAACGUUUGAAAAAAGGAAGGAAGUUUUUUGCCUUGAACCAGUUUAGGAAUGAGGGCUUAUUGUCAAGCUAGUGACGUUAAAGAAGCGCUUCUGGGAGGCAACCCACCAAAAAAAAAAAAUCAUUUAAAAAAAAAAAAAGAAUUAGGAAAUUAUUUCUUGUUUUUGCAUUCUUGUUCCCAUUGUUUUUAUGUUUUCAUCUUGUGGUUGUGCGGGUGGAUCUCUUUGCUCUGAAUUGCAGGUGCUGCAUGGUGAUCAUAGACUGGUCUGGAUGAAGAAACGCCCUAUGUAGAUGGGGUUACUCAGGGCUACACACUGUAGUUUACUUCACAGCAAGCCUGGGAGCGAUAUGAGAGCUGGAUGCAACUUUAAACACUUGCAUGGUUAAUGAUGAGUGACCUACACAUGCUCAAGGAGUUGGGCUUUCGCUGGACAGAAACUUGGCAGCAGCAGAGGAACAUUUCUGGCAGAUUCUGGGAGAUUUUGGACAGUGUGAGAUGCCGACUUUUGAGGCCAGAACAGCUGAUCCUUGGCCGUUUUCUGUCAGCAUAAGCAUCACAGUACAUGAGGGAGGAACCAGUUGGAUGCCACACACUCUUAUCCGGUUCAGAUUGAAGGGAAGCAAUUUCAAUACACUUAUUGAGUUCGGUAACCGGCAUAGGUGCAGGCAGAGUAGCUCCAGCAGCUCACUUUUGGUUUACCAGCAAGCUUUGGCAGCAUAAAUGGGCCAUUCACAGUUAUGGCACACUUGCCACGCUUUCUCAAGAGUUGAAGGACUUCAAGUAGCGUACGAGGCAGACUGUGUGCAGGAUUCAGCGGCAUGUAUGCAUCGAGGAGACUGAAUUCAGCCUUACUAGGGAGGUUAUUCACCGCCGUUUGGCAAGUACGGUAUUCUGCCAACUCUUACUAUGCUACUAAUAAUGUGUUCUUACUGUCAUAUUACUCCAUUGUUGAUUUGUGUUAAUUAUUAUUCUGAUUACGAUGUGUUGCCGGGCUGAAAAUCAUUUUAUUUGUUAACCUGCCCCUGUUAUUUCUGUUUUAAUCUUUUCUUUGACCUCGAGGGCGAUGUCACCCCUAAGUGUGGGGAGGUUCGGUUUUAGCUUGAACAUGACAUUUGGUGAUGAAAUGAUUCUGCUCAACAACAUUUUGAGGUGCACAAGAUUUUUUCUAGUUUAGCAACGCAACAGAGGUAACUUGUUAAUCUUUAUUUUUCUUUUGUAAACUUCUAUCUCCUCCAUCUUUCUUGGAAAGAAUUAGUAAUGGUGUAAUCAUCGGGGUGGUGUGUAUAUUCUUGGGAAAUGCUGGCAUGUUGGAUGGUUUGAUUUGUGUGGAUUAAAUUCCGUUUUACUCGUGAUUCACUAGUUCGCAUUAAUAAUUCCUUGACUGGCCAGGUGUUGAAAAUCCUUACUCCGUAAGGAGCUCUGCUUUCUAAGCAUAUCGGGAUAACUUCAUGCUAAGCAGGUAACUGAUUCUUGUAAUGGGGUUACACUCCGUGUGUCGAGAAUUUCAUCCCCGAAAUGGGGCUCUGCUCAUCUCGCGAAUCACCCUGUGUGAGAGUUGAGUACACAGUAAUGAGAUAAACUCCCAGGCCCUAGAGCUUGAAUCAGUCCUGUAAUCCAGAACCUGGUCAACUUUUCAUAUAAAAAAAGAAUCACGAGUAUUCCGAGUUUUUACCACACAAUUCUUGGGUUUUUGGAAUGAUUGGUGGUUUGGAUUUCACACACCUGUACCGUUGGGACCAUCACACUUUUCGCUACAUUUUAGUCGGUUGGAGAGGAAUUUUACUUUUGAAAAUAUUGUUUAACAUGUGAAUCUUGGUUCCAUUGUUAAGAAAGAAAAGACCUUGUGCACCUCAAAAUGUUUUGGGGUGUGAAUGAUUUUUGAACCAGGUGUGACAUGUGAUUACUUUGUUUUUCUUGGGUUUAAUGCACUGUUGCUUGGGGGCAAGCAACGCUCAAGUGUGGGGAGAUUUGAUAGGCUCGUUCCGUUCCUAUCUUUCACUCAUAUUUUGGGUGUUAAUUGUCUAAUUUUUAUAAUUAAUCAGGUGACUAUUGGGGGUUUUGAGUGAAAACUUGUCAUUUUUCGGUCCCGGUGGCAUUCAUAUUCAGUAUAGUAUUUUUCUACACAAUUUAACAUUUUUGGAGUAAUUUGAUUGUAAAGUUACAUGUUAUUAGCAGUUGUGGUGAGUUGUGAUUUUACAGGCCGAAUUUGCGGUGAAUAAUAUAUUGUGUGGGCCGAAUCAUUUGCGGGUUACUUUAUUAAGUGAAGUCCAAAAAGAAAAGAAAAAAAAAAGAGAACAAGCAGCCCAAAAUGGAAAAAAGAUGAGCUGAGUUUUUAUCCCUAACAAAGUAGCACAGUCGAGGAGGUGGUUCUUUUUCGUUUCCUGAACUCAAGCAGCCGCACGGUAGAUUUUUUUUCUUUAUGUUCGUAGAUCACCAGCCGGAAGGAAGUUCAUCUCUUCUUUUCUAUUCGUAGCAUACAAACGAGCAUGCCGCAGCAGUAGAGUUCAUAUUUGUUCUUUUCGUUUCUGAACAAAAGCAGCCGCAUGAGUUUUCUUUUUCCGUUGGAUGAACAUAGUGUUAGCAAGCAGCAGUUCUUCAUUCUUUUAUUUGGAAUCAACCACACCAGUAGGAUUUCUAAACUACACUCCUUCAAUUUCUUCCAAGUUAAUUUAGAUUCCAAACAUUAAUUGUAAGUUCAGUAUACUUUACAAUUAAAUUUCGAAUUUGUUUUUCUGUAGUUGACAAUUGAGAUUUCCCCAAACAAUUACUCUAGUUCAGUGUUUCUAGCCCUUAUCAUGUUUAGCAAUAUUAUUGUGAUGUUAGUUUUAAAUAUGAGUAGCUAAUUUCAUAUAGGGUUUGAAUUGGGGCUAGGGUUCAUGGGUUCUUGAGGGUGUGAAUUUAGUUCUUUAAAAUUCAAUUAAUUUUCUGGAAAAUUGUAUAAGAUUAAUCAUAAUUGUCUAUAUGAAUUUGAUCACCUCAUAUAUGAAUACUUGGAUUUAAUUCAAUUCUUGUCUAUGAGAAAUUGAGUUAAAUUAGCUCAGGUCUUAUACAAGCAAUCUAAUCUUAGAAAUAAGUUAGGAUUGUCGAAAUAUGAUUUAAUUCUUGUCUAUGAGAAUUUAUUUCAUUUUCUGUCCAGGAAUAAUUGAAAAUUAAUUUACUUAAUUCUAAUCCGGAAAGAACACCCAGAACCCGAACCAUCCAAUUUGAACCCUGCUUUUAUAUCUAGAAUUAAUUUAAUUAUUUGUUUUUCC